AUGGUUUCUAACCCACAAGGAAAAAACUGCUUCGUCGGAUUGCGUCACAGCGGUGACGCUAAGGGCAAGCAUACCACCGUUUUUGGCAUAGACACCUAUGUGACCGGUCAAGAAUCUAAUGAUAAAAUCAUAGUCAUCAUGACAAACGUGUUCGGAAACAAGCCCAACAACGUGUUGCUAAUUGCAGACGCUUUCGGGGAAGCCGGAUACAAGGUUUAUAUUCCAGACAUUGUGGAUAAUGAUCCGCUUGAAAUGAGCAAAUCCGACGAUUUCGAGGAUUGGAAAGCCAAACACAACGCAGAAUUUACCAGGAAUAUCACGGAACCCUUCGUCAAAGCCGUGAAGGGCGAGCUCAAGCCCAAGUUUUUGGGUCUUGUCGGCUACUGCUUUGGUGCCAAGUAUGCCAUCCAACUCGUCGACGGAACGACGGGAGUUGCGGACGCAGCAGCAGUCGCGCACCCCUCUUUCGUCGACAUGGAAGAGUUUGCCGCUGUGGGCAAAAAGCCGCUUUUGAUCUCGGCUGCUGAGGAGGACUCUUUUUUCCCAGCCGAAUACAGACAUUCCACCGAAGCUAAAUUGCAGGAGAUCGGCGCCGUUUACCAGGUUGAUCUUUUCAGCGGCACUUCCCACGGAUUCGCCGCCAGAGGUGACGUUUCCGAUCCAGUAGUAAAGUACGCUAAGGAAAAGGUGUUUCAUGACCAACUUUAUUGGUUAAAUCACUUUUCCGCCCAAUCUGCUUGA